GCCGAGGCCCGCGGCCCGCCCCGGAACAGCAGGCGGCGCAGUGCGAGGCUCAGCGCCCUGCCAUGGCUCCCAAGGGCGGCCCCGGCGGGCGGCAGCAGUCCGAGGAGGAUCUGCUGCUCCAGGACUUCAGCCGCAACCUCUCCGCCAAGUCCACCGCGCUCUUCUUCGGCAACGCCUUCAUCGUGUCCGCCAUCCCCAUCUGGCUGUACUGGCGGAUAUGGCACAUGGAUCUCGUGCAGUCUGCCGUCCUCUACAGCGUCAUGACCCUCAUCAGUACCUAUCUGGUAGCUUUUGCAUAUAAGAACGUCAAGUUUGUUCUCAAACACAAAGUAGCACAGAAAAGAGAAGAUGCUGUUUCCAAAGAGGUUACUCGGAAGCUGUCUGAAGCAGACAACAGGAAGAUGUCUCGUAAGGAGAAGGACGAAAGAAUUCUGUGGAAGAAAAAUGAAGUUGCAGAUUAUGAAGCCACAACUUUCUCCAUCUUCUACAACAACACUCUCUUCCUGGUCUUGGUCAUCAUUGCUUCCUUUUUUGUGCUGAAGAACUUCAACCCCACUGUAAACUACAUUCUCUCUAUAAGUGCUUCAUCUGGCCUGAUUGCUCUGCUGUCCACAGGAUCCAAGUAGACAAAGACAACCCCCCAGAGCAAUCUUUCUGUGAGAGUUCCAGCUGCCAUGCAACAGUUCAAGGGAAUAGGAAUACAGGUUUAUUUUAAUAGUGUGACUGCCUGAGGGUGUUGGGAGGAGGGUUUGAAUCCCAAAUGGUUCGAUGAUAUUUGCUUUUGGGAUCUUUACCCGGUGUUAAUCAAUGACUGAAUGAAUCAUUUUACCUUGCAAUGAGAGGAAGCGAUGCGUGAGCAGGUACCAAAGGUCUCCUCUCUGAGGCAGGGCCCAGGUGUGACAGCACUGCUGAUCCCAAAAGUGACAAUCCACCAUUUAACAUUGUAACUUGGAAAAGUUUUAAUAAAAAAGAAGCUUUUUUUGGUCA